CAUUGGACGGACGUUUUGCAGCGAUUAUACGCGAAUCGGACCGGAUACCACGCGAAAAUCGUCAACAAAAAUAUCGUACGUUAAUUUCAAGUUAAAUUAAUUUUCCUAAAAAUGUUGCGCUCUCCUGGCAGGUUUUUUCGUUUGAAUUUCGAAAUUUUUCGUUUUUAACUCGCGUGUUCUUUUUUCAAUUAGUGGGCUGUGAUUGGACAGUGUUGUGAAUAUUCAAAUGUCGAGUUUUUAGUGUUGAGCAAUGGAUGGGGAGAACCGGAUUAUUUUGAACGUUGGCGGAAUAAGAUACGAGACUUACAAGGCGACGCUCAAGAAGAUCCCAGCGACACGGCUCUCGCGGCUGACGGAGGCACUCGCCAACUACGACCCCGUGCUCAACGAGUACUUCUUCGACCGCCACCCCGGCGUCUUCGCACAGGUCCUCAACUAUUACAGGACCGGCAAACUCCAUUACCCAACCAAUGUGUGUGGACCACUGUUUGAAGAGGAGUUGGAGUUCUGGGGGCUGGACUCCAACCAGGUGGAGCCAUGCUGCUGGUCCACCUACAGCAUACAUAGAGACACACAGAAUACCCUGGCGAUCCUGGAUAAAUUGGACAUUGACAGCGAGAAGCCUUCAGAAGAAGAGAUUGCCAGGUUGUUCGGCUAUGAAGAGGCAUACUUCUCAGGGGACCUUGGAGUGUGGCAGAGACUCAAACCCAAAGUCUGGGCGUUGUUUGAUGAACCCUCCAGUUCUCCUUCCGCGAAGGUGAUAUCAGCUAUAUCCGUCUUCUUCAUCUGCAUAUCAGUGCUGUGUUUCUGUCUGAAGACACACCCUGACCUUCGAGUGCCGGUUCCCACAACGAUGCCUUGGUCUGUCAACGGCAGUUUAGAGAAUAGUACCGCGAUGGAAAUGAGACAUCCUUGGAUGGAUGAUGGACAGCCACAUGUGGCUUUCUUCUACAUAGAGCUGGUCUGCAAUGUGUGGUUCACUAUUGAACUGUUGGUGCGGUCUGUGGUAGCCCCAAACAUAAUCGAGUUCAUAAAAUCUCCCGUAAACAUAAUAGACUUUAUAGCCACAUUAAGUUUUUAUAUGGAUGUGGUGGUAGAAUUAACAGUUGUAAGAAGAACUGUGGAUAAAGCUGAUAUUUUAGAAUUCAUUUCCAUUAUAAAGAUAUUAAGGCUCUUCAAGCUGACGAGACAUAGUCCUGGCUUGAAGAUAUUGGUGCACACUUUCAAGGCUUCGGCUAAGGAGUUGACCCUUUUAGUAUUUUUCCUGGUGCUCGGAAUAGUUAUAUUCGCCAGUCUGGUGUAUUAUGCUGAGAAAUCUCAGGAUAAUCCAGACAACCAAUUCAAGUCAAUCCCCCUGGGGCUAUGGUGGGCUAUCGUGACGAUGACCACUGUGGGCUACGGUGACAUGGCACCCAAGACCUACCUGGGCAUGUUCGUGGGUGCUCUCUGCGCGUUGGCCGGCGUGCUCACCAUAGCACUACCAGUACCAGUCAUCGUAUCAAACUUCUCCAUGUUCUAUUCGCAUACGCAGGCGCGGUCAAAACUUCCAAAGAAGCGGCGUCGAGUGCUACCCGUGGAGCAACCCCGUCGGAAGCGUGAAGUAACUGCCUCCAACCGACGGGUAAACGCCGUCAAACAUCCCGUGGUCCUGAAAGAACUCUCACCUGGGAGCAACAAGUUCGGUGUAAACGGUAUGAACAUGAUCAGCUUGGCCCUGCAAGCUCCUCCGAAUCUCUUGAGGCCUCCAGCCGUCAACCCUCAACCACUCCAAGCUAGAGCACCAAUUGUCGAAAGUCCGCUCAUCAACACACAAUCAGCUGCAAUAUCCCUGGCAUCAUUGCAACCACCACUAAUGACCGCCCCACCUUUGCAACCACGUCCUGCAACCACAGGAGCCCUCGACCUGAUGCUCCCGUUACAACCCAAGUUGCUACCCGGUUACAACCUGCAAUCGUCAUUUUUAUCCAGCACUCUAUCGACCGUCCGCCCACCCGACCUACCAGAUAAGAAAGAGGAGUUCAAACCGAGCGUUGAAAUAAUCGUCGAAAAGAGAGAGUCGAUUUCCGAAUGUUCGACUUUAAAGAACAGUGACAUAGAUAGAGACGUUCCAAUAGAUUUGAAUUUAGAAAGUGAAAACCAUAAUGUUGUUGAAUGUGAUGACAAUUGUUCGAAAGAUGAAAUUAAUUCGAACACGAUAGAUGCCAAAGAUACGAGUUUAGUCGAUGGUUCAAAUGAUAAUAGUCCAAAUAAUAAUUCGAAUUGAAUUUUCGUUGUUCGAUGUAUAGUUGUAAGAUAUCGAGAAUUUUCUAAUUGUGAAACCCCAAAUUAGUGUUACCGAUAAUGUCUCCCACUAGAAUUACUUAUUGUAGUUAUCGAAUUAAAAUUCCUCUAAAAAUUCUAGUCAUUAAAAUAACUAUUGAUUAUUUAUAGAUUCUUUUCAUAUUUGUUAAGCGUUGAAAAGGAAUUUAUUUUAUGUAUAAAACUUGCGAUGCCAAAAUUAAU